AUGCCCACCUACCGAGACUUAAUCCACACCCUCCCCAUUCCCCAAGAAGAUCUAACCUUCUUCUCCGCCCUUCCCUCCGUUCAACCCUACCUGAGCAACACGAGCCACUACCAAGUCAUCCCCUUCAUAACCCGGUACGACAGAGGACAGAAAUACGAUCAAUUCUUUAAGAAAACCAUCAACACGCACGACACAAUCCCACGCGUGUUGACGUUCAUGCGCAAACCCGACAUUACACCCAAUAAUGAAGACCUGUCUGAGCCGCAUUUCAUUGUAUUCGCCCAGCUCGAGCCCGGGAUAAACGGGUGGGAAGAAACGGCGCACGGAGGCGUUCUCGCGGCUUUGUUCGAUGAGGCCCUCGGGCUUUGUGCGGAGGGGUAUCGGGUUUUUAACAAUGGCUCGAAUGAGACAGCCCAGCUUUAUACGGCUAGUUUGGAGGUUACCUAUCGGGCUCCCGUGCUCACGCCGAGCGUGAUGCAGAUUCAGACGUGGGUGAGGAGGAGGGAGGGAAGGAAGUGGUUUCUUGAGGCGAAGAUGUUGGAUCAAGGUGGUGCGGUUAAGGCGGAGGCGAGGUCGUUGUAUGUUAGUCAGAGGGCCGGUCUCUAG